CGGGCAACCAGUGCUGAUCUUGUACCUCCAGCUGCUCAGAUAGAAUAUAAAAACUCUUCUCUCUCAUAGCUCUUCCAAACAUUUCCCUUGACUUCUUGAUGACUCAGACCUCCAUCCCUACAAGAUGUCUUGCUACGAUCUGUGCCCCACCUACAACAGUGGUAUCAGCUGCCCCCAGCCCAUCGCUGACAGCUGCAAUGAGCCCUGUGUCCGGCAGUGCCCUGACUCCACGACUGUGAUCCAGCCGCCCCCUGUCGUCGUCACCUUCCCUGGCCCCAUCCUCAGCUCCUUCCCCCAGGAUUCAGUUGUGGGAUCCUCCGGAGCACCCGUCUUUGGGGGCUUUGGGGGCUCCCUAGGCUUUGGAGGCUCUUCCCUGGGCUACGGGGGUCUGUAUGGCUCUGGGGGCUCUUCCCUGGGCUACGGGGGCCUGUCUGGCUUUGGAGGCUCCUCCCUGGGCUACAGGGGCCUGUCUGGCUAUGGUAGAUCCUUCGGUUCUGGCUAUUGCAGCCCUUACACCUACCGGUACAACAGAUACCGCCGUGGAAGCUGCGGGCCCUGCUAAAUCAUGCAGAAAUAGCCCAUAUGAAGAAUAGCCAGCAACUCAGAGAUACAAUUUUGAUCCACAGCAGUGGUCUCAAAAGAGAUGUUGUGAAGUCACGAUCAACGCAACCCGCUGCAGUGGAGCUGGGAGUGCACAGCACAUCUUUAAUUUCUUCGCUUCUAUUCCUGGUCUCCUUAUUUCUUCCAUGUAUGUGUAUAGUUGAUGGGGUAAAAUAUAUAAUUUCUACUCCUAUGAAAUUGCACUUUGGUGUCCAACUGAAGAAUAAUUAUGGAUGGACCUGUCUGCACUCUAAUGUUUAUGCUUGGUAUUG